AUGGGCUGCGAGGCCGCGGCCGCAGCCGCCCGGCGGGGGGCGCGCGUGCUGCUAGUGACCCCCAGUCCAACCACCUCCAUCGGCGCCAUGAGCUGCAACCCCAGCAUUGGCGGCGUCGGAAAGGGCCACUUGGUGCGCGAGGUCGACGCCAUGGGCGGCCUCAUGGCGCGCGUGGCGGACGCGGCCGGCAUCCAGUUCCACCUACUUAACUCGGCCAAGGGCCCCGCAGUGCGCGGGCCCCGCGCGCAGAUGGACCGCGCCGCCUACAGGGCGGAGAUGCAGGCGGCAAUCUAUGCCAUCGCCAACGGCGGCAGCAGCGGCAGUAGCGGCAGCAGCGGCAGCAGCGGCAGCAGCGGCAGCAGCGGCAGCAGCGGCAGCAGCAGCAGCAGCAGCAGCAGCGGCGGCGGCAGCAGCGGCAGCAGCGGCAGCAGCAGCGGCAGCGUUGAAGGCGGUCCGGGUACGGCGGCUGCAGCUGCGUUUGGAGGAGGGGGUCGCGGGAGCCUGGUGGUGGUGGACGGCGUGGUGGAUGAUUUGCUGCUGGAGCACGCGGCUGCGCCCGGCGGCCGUGCGGCGGCGCGCGGCGUGCGGCUGGCGUCAGGGGAGCGCCUGCUGGCGCGCAGCGUGGUGCUCACCACAGGCACCUUCCUGAGAGGCACCAUCCACAUCGGUUCGAAAUCUUUCCCAGCCGGCCGCCUCAAAGAUUCCGCUGCUGCAGCCGCGGAUGCGGGUUCAGCAGCGGCGCCGGCUGCGGCCUCUCACGCGGCCACCGACGCCGCCGAUGACGCGGCCGCGCACGGCGGCACGGCGCUCGCGCGAACGGUCGCGGCGGCGGGGUUCCGGCUCGGGCGGCUCAAGACGGGGACGCCGCCGCGGCUCGACGCGCGGACUGUGGACUUUUCCGGGAUGUCCCCGCAGCCAACGGACGACGCACCCGUGCCGCUGUCGUUCGCCAACCUGUCGACGCCGGGCUGGCGGCCGCGGCUGCCGCAGCGCUGCAACUGGGAGGCGCGGACGACGGCGGCGACGGAGGCGCUCGUGGCGCGCUGCGUGGCGGCGGGGCGCGGGUGGCUGCCGCCCGAGGGCGUCGCGGGGCCGAGCAGCCGCACAACGCGGCGCAGCGCCACGACCGCAACAAACCCCCAGGUGUGGCUGGAGCCGGAGGGCGUGGACUCCCAUGUGCUGUACCCAAACGGUCUGUCCUGCUCACUGGAGCCAGAGGACCAACUGGAGAUGCUCAGGACCAUCCCCGGCCUGGAGCACGCUGCCAUGCUUGCGCCGGCGUAUGCAGUGGAGUACGACUACGUGGUCCCCACGGAGCUCACGCACACUCUGGAGGCGCGCCGCGUGGCGGGGCUCUACCUGGCCGGCCAGAUCAACGGGACCACGGGCUACGAGGAGGCGGCGGCACAGGGCCUGCUGGCGGGCGCCAAUGCUGCGCGCCCCGACGCCCCGCUGAUCCUCAGCCGCGCGGACGCCUACCUCGGGGUCAUGGUCGACGACCUGGUCGGCCGCGGCACCUCGGAGCCGUACCGCAUGAUGUCAUCGCGGGCGGAGUACCGCCUGAGAUUACGGCCCGACAACGCUGACAUCAGGCUCGGGCCGAUUGCCGAGGCGGCCGGCCUGCUGAGCAGCAGCCAGGCCGAGGCGCUCGCGGAACGCAGGGACGAGGUGGCGGCUUGGCGGGGCGCGCUCGAGCGCGCGGCAACGCCGCCGGCGGUGUGGCGGUGGCGGGGUCUGGCGAUCGAGGGGGGCGGCCACAAGCGCGUCAGCGCGGCGCAGCUACUGGCGUGGCCGGGGGUGGAGUUGCCGGCGGUUGUAGCUGCAGCCCUGGCGGCCACAUCGGACGGUUGCGCUGUGGAAGCCACGCAACCGGACGCCCUGGCCGGUAGCAGCGACGGGGGCGCUGCGGAGCUGGCGGCGCUGGCGGCGCUCCCAGGAGGCGCGCUGCGCAGCGCAGCGGCUACGGCGGCGGCGGACGUGCUGUAUGCGCCUUACGAGGCGCGCCAGGAGGAGGAGAUCUCGCGGCUCCGCGCUGACGAGGCGCUGGAGCUGCCUCACGAUCUGGACUACGGCGCGGUCCAAGGUUUGUCGUCCGAGGAGCGGGAGGCGCUGGCGAAGGCUCGGCCCGCGACGCUCGCGGCGGCGGCGCGGGUGGCGGGGGUCGGGCACGGGGGCCUGACGGCGCUGCUGCAGGCGGCGCGGCCGCGAGCGGUGCGACCGCGGGGGCGGGGGCUGGAGCCUGCUGGAGCCGCGGGCGGCAACGAGCCGCAGCUGUCCCAGCUGCCGCCGAAGGUGGCGGGCAAGCCGUAG